UAUAGUAGGAGCCCUCAAUAAAACAGAGUAAGAAAUGGAUCAAAAUUUGUAUGGCAAGUGCUUGGUUAUUAUAUCGAUGAUGGCCAUGAUCGGAACAUCAAUGGCCGCAUAUGCCGGGACCCCAUGGCGUACGGCCUCAGCAACUUUUUACGGUGACGAGACCGCCAGCGCAACUAUGGGUGGGGCUUGUGGAUAUGGUAACCUACGGAACAGUGGCUACGGCGUAGCCACGACUGCGUUGAGCACAGCACUGUUCAACGACGGUUACGCAUGCGGUCAAUGUUUCCAGGUAAGGUGUGUGUCGUCGCCUAACUGCUACUACGGUUCACCAGCCACCGUGGUGACAGCGACCAACAUAUGUCCACCAAAUUAUGGCCAAGCCUCCAACAAUGGUGGAUGGUGUAAUCCACCACGAGUCCAUUUUGAUUUGGCUAAACCAGCUUUCAUGAAGAUCGCCAAUUGGAAGGCUGGAAUCGUCCCCGUCUCAUACCGCAGAGUGGCAUGUAGGAGGAGCGGAGGAAUAAGAUUCAAAUUUGAAGGAAAUGGGUAUUGGCUACUGGUGUACGUGAUGAACGUAGGUGGUGCAGGUGACAUCAAGACCAUGGCCGUUAAAGGUAGCCGCACAGGCUGGAUCAACAUGAGCCAUAAUUGGGGAGCUUCGUACCAAGCUUUCUCUUCUCUAUAUGCAUCAAAAUUAUUGAUGGGAAUCCCACCAUGGGAUCAUUUGUAA